GCAGCCUGGAACAUCCCAACGCGUCCCGCGCCGUGCAAACCAUGGCGCUGCUUGCCUCCUUUCAUCGGGAGCGCGAUGCGAUCGCGGAGUUUUUCGUGAUCGGCAGCCCGAAUGUGGGCCCCGGCACCUACGAGCCCCGGAGCCUGCCCACAAGGACCUGCACUUUUGGCGUGGGCGAGCGGCCUUUUCAGGGCCGCGACGCGCGCGACACGCCAGGUCCAGGGCAGUAUGCCGUGGCGCAGAAGAUGAAGGCUGGUGCGACCCGGAGCUGUUUUCGCUCCAGCACCUCUCGCUGUGACCCCAACAACCACCGGGAGCCUGCCUUUGUCCCUGGAUCCGGCUGGUUUGUGGCAUCUACCAUCCUGGACAACCCGGGGCCGGGCGGCGAUCCAAGCCCCACAGAGCUCCGGCCACGCACAGGGGGCCCCUUUGAGCACAGCCGCGUGGAGAAGUUGGACUGGGGCGCUGAGCGUGCCAUCCAGGCCCUGAAAGAGGGCACCCGGCUGCAUACGGAGACCACUCCUGCCAUCAAGCCGCUGCGUGACCGAUCCGACUGGAACUUUACCGGGGAGCCAGGAGACACUCCGGAUCCUGGCAUGUACCGUCUGGACUGCUACAACAUCGGCCGUGGCAAGCGGGAGGUUCACUUCGCGGCUCCUUCGGAUCGGAAAGCUACGUGGGGGAACACGAACCUGAAGGACAACCCCGGGCCCGGCACGUACGACCACGAGGCGCCCGAGAUGCCGCUGCCCCGCCGACUGCCCGGAGGCACGGGCGGAGGUGGUCCCGCGUUGGAUCCUCCGGGCUUCGGCUCGGACUCGCCGCAGACUUCCACCACCUUCUCCUCGAGCAGGCUGCCAGCGGUGUUCUUCUCGAGUUCCUGGUCACCGGCGCUGUUGCCCGGUCCUGGCACUUACGAUCUGAAGAGUGGGGACGGCAAACAGUCGUCCUCCGCCUUCCGCUCCACGAGCGAUCGCUUCUGGGUGCCAGAGGGCGGCGCCCGGCCGGGGCCGGGGCAGUACACCCAGCCUUCCGACCUGCCGACCGAGAAGAUCCGGCGUGCGCGGAGCGUGCCAGAUUUUAUGGGCAGGAAGUUCUUCGGGGUGCAGAACCCCCACCAGCUGAGAUCUCUGAGGGAGACCGACGGCUUGAUGCUGGGCAACUGGGGCCACGGGCCUCAGCGCCCCAGCCCCGCCUCCAACCGAAACGUGGCGCCGGGCAGCUACAACCCCGAGGAGUGCAUGGGCCAGUCCAUUUCUUCGAAGCUCCGGCACUUGGCCAAGAUGGCCCAGGGCGCAGCCUUCGGCGGCUCCAGGUACGGAGAGCGCUUCCAAUCCUCAGGUAUCGAGAGUGUGAGUCCUGGUCCUGUGCUUCCUCAUGAGGAGGUCACCAAGGCCGGUGAUGCCUCCGGGGGCGCCUUCAAGUCUGGGGCCCCUCGCUUGGCGUCGCCGCGCAGUGAGGAGGAGCUCCCGGGCCCUGGCAGCUACGACGUCGUCGGCAAGCCGGACUUCCGUGCUGGAUGGAGGAUUGCGAAGAGGGACCACGUGAGCUUCAACAGCUCCGGCCAGCGCUUCGAGAACAACGCGACGGAUGUGCCGCCGCCGGGCGCCUAUGAGCUCACGAGCGAGGAGGGGAAAGGCUGCUACUCCUUCAAAGCCACCGCCACCAGGGGGGUCGCGGCCCCCAAGGGGCAGCACGGCCCAGACCCAGGUAUGUACAAUAUCGCUGGAAGUCUCUUGCGCAAGUCCUUCAAUACCAAAGUGGAAGAAACCGCCUGGCUCCUGCAGACGCCAAGCGACAAGAACCGGCCACCGCCCAGGGGGCCUUUCCCGUGGGCGGAGGGUUCAACGUGGCGGCCACGACAGGUGCUGGAGGCUCUAGCCCUGGAGGACAAGACGGCCACGGAGGCCACGGAGCGUGUGCUUCUUCAGCCGGAGAAGUCGGCAUGAGCGUCACACCUUUUUUUCCCGAGUUGGCGUCUUCCGCGCCGGUGCCGUGUCCAGAAUGGAUGUGCACCAUCCGGCAGCCUUGAUUCCAUGCGUGUCCAGGGC